AUGAUGGAUGCUAUUCAAAUCUAUGCUAUCGCCGCAGUUGGCACCCUUUGUAUCUUUGCUUUCGUCAACUUGCUUCCCCUCCUAAUUCCACUCGUUACCCGUGUCUCCAUCUUUGUCUCGAAGCAUUUUAGGUAUCCAUACAUACUUCAUCGACACCGAAUCCUUGGGCCGUGGACUCGGGCAGGCGUCGUUAUACAGCUGGCCUACCUCGCACUCAACCUGUUCUGCAUCUUCGCCGUACUCUCCUGGGACGGCCUUCAAGCCGCCAACUUCUCGGAUGCUGGGCGGCGAGCGGGCGCUCUAGCAGAGGUCAACAUGAUCCCCCUCCUCGCAGGGCCUCAUUUUGCUUUCCUCGCCGACUUGCUUGGGCUCUCUCUCAAGACCAUCCGUGGCAUUCACCGGUCGGCCGGGUGGAUGACGGCCGCACUCGUUUUCCUCCAUGCCAUGGCCGCGGCGUCCGAUGGGCCUCUCCCAAUCGACGUUUCCCAGAAUCUAUUUGCAGUUAUUGGAGCGUCACUACUUUGCCUGCUUCUCGUCCUCUUGUUUCCUCCCUUCCGCAAGCUCUCGUACGAGCUCUUCCUACGAUCGCACCAAGCCCUCGCCUGGGGCUCCGUCUAUGCCGUGUGGCGACACGUUCCUUCCGACAAGUCUUCCCCGCGCGCCUAUAUCUAUAUCACUAUGGGGAUAUUCGCAGCAACAUACCUCCUGCAAACUGGCGCUGUCAUCGUCCGAAACGGGGUCUUUCGCCACCAGCUGUCACGCGCCACUAUCACGCACGAUGCAGGUGCGGUCAAGAUGCAGCUACGUCUCUCCAAGCCUCUGACAAUGGAUGCUGGGCAGUAUAUAAACCUCUGGAUUCCUUCUGUCAGCUUCUGGUCUUUCCUCCAAACUCACCCGUUCACGGUCAUCUCGUGGGACGCAAAGGACCAGGACAGGCUUGAUCUCCUGAUCGAGCCUCGGAGAGGGCUCACGCGAGAGAUGUUGUACCACGCGGAGAAAGGCUACACCAUCAACCCUCUCGUCAUGUUCAGUGGCCCUCACGGAGGCACCCUGUCGAUGGGCGAGUACGAGAGCGUCCUAAUGGUGGCGAGCGGCUUCGGCAUCGCUGCCUUCGUACCACACCUGAAGAAGCUAAUCUACGGCUAUAACACUCGCGCGGUCCGAACUCGCCGCAUUCAUCUGGUGUGGCAGAUAAAGAAUGAAGCCGACGGUCUUAUAGUUCAGGAACCACUUAACAUUGCGCUGGAGGAGGAUAAAUUGGAUGAUGGCUGUAUCCUCUCGAUUUCGGUGUAUGUUGAAACUAAGAGCUCGCCUAAAAAGCCAUUUGGCGAACGAGCUACUAUGUAUCCGGGGCCCGCUCCCUUGCCAGAGAUCUUCCUCGCAGAGCUCUCAGGAAAUAAUAUCAAGGUCCACGCAGCGGAAGUCGGUGCUGAAGGGCAGAAGUCUUUGGAACAAAGCAAGUCAACAUCCAGUACGCUGCAGGGUGAUGUUGAAUCCGGGAGUAGGUGGACGGUGGCAGGAGAUGGAAGGAUGCUCGUUGCAGUGUCUGGGUCGGAGGUGAUUCGAGACGAUUUACGGGCGGUCGUGAGGAAGUAUAUUCGGACGGGGGUGAGAUUCAUAGAACUAGAUUACCAGCCAAAGUAG